AUGGGGAUACUCGAGAAAAGUCAUUUCCGCGACCAAAGACUGGCCUGGCGAAUCUUGGGAGCCAAGGACCUGAGUGAAGGCCAUAUCAGGGGAUGGGCAAUGGCUAUAAAUUUUUUGGUAGCUCUGGCUUUCCCAAUGCUGGCCCUCUCGCUUUUUAGCUACGACUCGCCGCUCGAAAAUAUUACCAAUUUUAGCCUGACGAUCACCUCGCUAGCCACCAUUGUCAAGUUUGGACUUUACACUCGCCGGCUUAGCCACCUGGGGGAGAUGGAGGAGCUUAUCUCCGAAAUGGAUAAGCGCGUGGCUGGCAUGGAACAAGAAAACUGUUAUCUGUUGAUGAAAAAACGACUCCACCUUCUUUCCAGGGGGUUUCUAUUAAUAUCUUGCAUUGUAAUCGUCAGUUUAGAGAUGAGCUUUUUCUUCAAAGACGAGCGCUGCUUGCCGUAUCCGUCAUGGUUCCCCUUGGACUGGGAAAGUUCCUGGUCAUCGUUUCUGGUGGCUGUGGCGUACCAGCAGCUCGUUAUUUUUGUACAAGUCUUUCAGAACUAUGUAGGUGACUCAUUUCCACCGUUGGCUCUUUACCUUAUUGCUCAGCAGUCCCAUCUGUUGAACUUACGCAUAUCUCGGAUCGGAUUUCACGGCCAAUUAUUGCAGGACAAUGAAGCGGAGCUCGGUAAAUGCAUCAACGAUCAAAAGCGACUCUAUAGGUUAUUGGAGCUCUCCCGAAAUGUAAUCAGCUGGCCCAUGUUUGUUCAGUUCAUUGUCAUUGCCAUCAAUGUCGGAGUCACUGUUUUCGGUCUAGUGUUUUUUGUAGAGACCGUCUAUGAUCGCAUAUACUACGUGUCGUUUCUAAUUGGCAUCACUCUGGAGACGUAUCCGCUAUGCUACUAUGGCACCAAUAUGGAGCAAAGUUUCCAUGAGCUUCACUACGCAGCCUUUUGCUGCAAUUGGGCGGAGCAGAGCCGCAGUUUUCGCAGCACCAUGUUGAUCCUAUCGGAGCGCACCAAGAUGAACGCGCUCCUCUUAGCUGGUGGAGUGGUGCCUAUUCACUUGAGCACCUUCCAGGCCACAUGCAAGGCAGCCUAUUCCUUUUUCACUCUAAUGAGCAACACCAUGAAGCAAAAAAUAUAUAUUUAA